UGGAUAGUUGGAGCUGGUGUCGCUGUCAGUGCGCGGAGUCACACAGAGUUUGUCCGCUUGGCGUUGUUGUCAAAGAACGCUCAUGAUUUGGAGGUUUUAAACUAAAUUGAUGGUUACCUACUAUAUGCUUAUCGCAUGGACUGAGAGCGACGAUGCGGAUGUGAAAGAGGUCCAGAAAAGAGGCUCUCUCUUCAACCCUGACAUCCACCCAACUUCUAAUAUUGUCUGUUUCAAGUGUCACCGGAAAACUGUCAAAAGCUUGAGCCAUGCCCUGCGUCCAGGCUCAGUAUGGAUCAUCACCUCAAGGAGCCAGCCCCGCUUCCCAGAGCUACAGCUACCACACCGCAGGAGAGUACAGCUGCGACUUCCUAACGCCCGAGUUUGUUAAGUUUAGCAUGGACUUGACCAACACUGAGAUCACAGCUACCACUUCUUUGCCGAGCUUCAGCACCUUCAUGGACAACUAUAACACCAGCUACGACGUCAAGCCGCCUUGUCUAUAUCAGAUGCCGCACUCUGGAGAGCAGUCCUCCAUCAAGGUGGAGGACGUCCAGAUGCACAGCUACCACCAGCAGAGCCACCUGCCUCCCCAGUCGGAAGAGAUGAUCGCUCACUCUGGGCCUAUGUACUUCAAGCCGUCCUCACCUCACUCUCCAAGCACGCCGAACUUCCAGAUCCAGUCCAACCACAUGUGGGAGGACCCGGGCUCUCUGCACAGUUUCCACCAGAACUACGUUGCCGCCACGUCUCACAUGAUAGACCAGCGCAAGAAUCCCAUGUCGAGGCUCUCGCUCUUUUCGUUUAAGCAGUCCCCGCCCGGUACCCCCGUGUCGAGUUGCCAGAUGAGGUUCGAUGGGCCGUUGCACGUCUCCAUGAACCAUGACGGCCCGGGUGUAGCGCACCGCGGCCUGGACGCACAGAGCUUCGCGGUGCCCAGUGCCAUCAGGAAGCAGGCCGGCCUGGCCUUCCCUCACUCCCUGCAGCUCGGACACGGGCACCAGCUGGUGGACAGCCAGGUGCCGUCUCCCCCUUCCCGGGGAUCGCCGUCAAACGAGGGUCUAUGCGCGGUGUGCGGGGACAACGCAGCCUGUCAGCACUAUGGAGUGAGGACAUGCGAGGGGUGCAAGGGAUUCUUUAAACGCACCGUUCAGAAGAAUGCAAAAUAUGUGUGUUUAGCGAAUAAAAACUGUCCUGUUGACAAACGCCGAAGAAACCGCUGCCAGUUCUGCCGCUUCCAGAAGUGCCUUGUCGUCGGAAUGGUGAGAGAAGUUGUCCGAACGGAUAACCUGAAAGGAAGGAGAGGACGCCUACCAUCCAAACCCAAAAGCCCCCAGGAGCCCUCCCCGCCUUCGCCACCGGUGAGCCUCAUAAGUGCGCUGGUUCGGGCCCAUGUGGACUCCAAUCCCUCCAUGUCUGCUCUGGAUUACUCAAGAUUCCAGGCGAACCCUGACUACCAGAUGACCGGUGACAACACUCAGCACAUCCAGCAGUUCUAUGACCUCCUGACGGGCUCCAUGGAGAUCAUUCGAGGCUGGGCGGAAAAGAUCCCGGGCUUCUCCGAUCUCCCGAAGCAGGAUCAGGAUCUUCUCUUUGAAUCCGCCUUCCUGGAACUCUUCGUCCUGCGGCUGGCGUACAGGUCCAAUCCGGUGGAAGGGAAACUUAUAUUUUGUAAUGGCGUGGUGUUGCACAGACUGCAGUGCGUCCGUGGGUUUGGAGAGUGGGUGGACGCCAUCGUGGAGUUUUCUUCCAACUUGCAGAGCAUGAACAUAGACAUUUCGGCUUUCUCCUGCAUCGCAGCUUUGGCCAUGGUGACAGAGCGACACGGUCUCAAGGAACCGAAAAGAGUCGAGGAUCUCCAAAAUAAGAUCGUCAACUGCCUGAAGGAUCAAGUGACAUUCAAUGGCGGCGGUUUGAAUCGGCCAAACUACCUGUCAAAACUCUUGGGGAAGCUCCCCGAACUGCGCACACUGUGCACCCAAGGUCUGCAGCGUAUCUUUUACCUAAAGCUAGAGGACCUAGUCCCCCCGCCAGCAAUAAUUGACAAACUUUUCCUCGACACCCUGCCUUUCUGAGGCAAAACCCUCAAAGAACUUCCACAAAAAAGACUGUCCGAGACGAACUUAACAGAUGAUGUUUUUUCCUAAUUUUCUUUUGUAAAAUUCAUAAGCUAAUUGAACAACAGUUAAUGGGACUUCACGAGAAAUAGAAAGAAUAAGCUGAGAUUUUAAUCGCUUAAUAGCUAUUCCUCUCUCUCUCUCUCUUUCUUUCUUUCCUUCCUUCUUUCUUUCUUUCUUUCACUCUUUCUUUCCUUCCUUCCUUCUCUCACAAGAUAAUGUAAUAUAUCCCAAUUCUAUAUACAGCAUAUAUGAAUCCACACAUUCACACGCAUAACACUGUAUAUUAUGAUAGAAUACACGAUGCCUCAAAACGCAUCGGUUUAUAACAUGUGUACAGAGUUUGUUAUAAUGAAAAACAGACUUUUCUCUCCUUUUUUUCCCCCUUUUGUUUCGGACUCGUGCCUAUAUAUGUGUUUCUGACCGGAUUCCCAAAAAGUAUCCAGAUAAGAUAACGCAUGUUCCAACUUUCUGCUUUUUUCAUUUCCUUGUUCUUUUAUAGGCACAUGCUGAGGUGAUGUCUAUAUAUAGAAAAUAUACCGGACACUAUGUAGUCUGCUAGAUUUGAUACAGAUUCGUAGUUAUGGCACUCCUUAAAUGGACACAAAUAUCUCAUCAUCUGUAUAGAUAAACCUGAGGGGAACCCCAUGGUGUUUGUAAAAAAGAAAAACAAAACAAAAAAAAAACUGUCAGACAUUCCUUGUUUGUAUGUGCUGUAAGUAUUGUUGCUGUUGAAUAUAAACGUUUCUAUAUAUUUAUUAUUUCUAUUGCCAGGAGCUACACUAAAGCAUGGUGCAAUUUAAACGAUUUAAAAAAAAUCCCUUCAUCCAAGUUCAUGCUGAGCACGUUGUCUAUGUUUUUAUGUCUUUCUGAACGUCUAGGUAGCUAUGAUUUAAUUCGUUUGGAAGCGGAAAGGGAGGAAGUGUGUGAUGUAGGCCUCCAUCUUUUUGGCAUCAUGAUGUAAAAAUUACAACUUCUGUAAACGCUUUUGGUGCCGACUUCAAAAACUUUAGAGAGAAAGAAAUAUUUAAUGUUUACAAAUAAAACGUUGAAAACAAUUUUUUGCUAAACAUUUCAUCUGAAAUUAAUAUAAAUCUUCCUAUCAGGCAUGACAAACUUUGGCAUAGCUGUUUUUUUAUGUUAAACGGACUCAGUUCUUAUUACUGUCUGGUCAUGAGUUAUCAAUUGCGCUAACAGUUUUUAAUUAAAGCCAGAGUUUAAUUAUGAUAAUAAUAUCUUUUUUUAUUUUUAUUUGAUUUUAUUUAAAUACUUUUUUAUUUAUGUAUUU